AUGGUCAGUCAGGCAGCCAUGCGAGGACAGCGAGCGGUGGAGAGCCUUUGCAAGUGCUGGAACCCAACUAUCUGGCUCCUGCUGACUUUGCUUGGAUCCCUUGUGUUAGUGGCUCUCAGUGUGCUGUUUCGACUAGGAGAAAUCAAAGUAAGCAGACGUGCUGCACCCGCAAAUGAUCAGCAAUACCCAGUGAAAAAAUAUUACGAAGUGCGACUGGCAAAUGGGUUAACCAGGUGUGAGGGCCGUGUGGAAGUAUACUACAAUGAUACCUGGGGGACAGUCUGUGACGAUGACUGGGACAUGUUGGAUGCCCAAGUAGUGUGUCACCAGCUGGACUGCGGAAUAGCUGUGGGCAUGGGAAGCAGCUCACCGUAUGGACAAGCCUCUAUACCCAUUAUGCUGGAUAACGUGGACUGCGCGGGGGGUGAAAAGAAUCUUGGUCACUGUGACAGUCUAGGCUGGGGCAUACACAACUGUUACCACUACGAGGAUGUGGCUAUUAAAUGUCGAGAACCACUGUUAGUUGGAGUAAAAGCUUCAGGGGGUGUUACAACAUCACUGCCCAGUAAUGCAGUUUUAGAUGGCGCCAUACGUCUAGUUGAAGGAAAGAACUCCUGCCAGGGCCGUGUGGAGAUCUACUACCAGGGUCACUGGGGAACAGUUUGCGAUGACGAUUGGGAUGAGAGGGAAGCCGAGGUUGUGUGCCGGCAGAUGGGCUGCGGCAAUGCCGUUGCAGCUCACACCCACUCUUAUUUUGGUCACGGAGUUGGCUAUAUUCUCUUGGACAAUGUGAACUGCAUAGGCAAUGAAGAGCAGCUGGCUGACUGUUCAAAUCUUGGUUGGAGUAACCAUAACUGUCGCCAUCAUGAAGAUGCUGGAAUCACCUGCUCUGGGCUAGGGCCCGCUUCCACUGUGCCAUCAGUUUAUCCUUCCACUGGAAGCCAGGGUUCGACCGUGUCUACACUGGAAACAGCAGUAACAAAUGAGGAUGUCACAGCUACAGAAAUUAAAACAAGUAUUCGUACAGUUGCUCAGACAAAAGCUCCGAUGGCUGUCCGUGUGGUGAACGGACAAGGCAGCUGCCAAGGUCGCGUAGAAGUGCAAUACAAUGGUGUUUGGGGCACGGUGUGCGACGAUGGCUGGGAUAUGCCUAACGCACAAGUGGUGUGUAGGCAGCUUGGGUGCGGCAUUGCUCUUGAAGCGAAAUCACAGGCUGCUUUCAGCUUCGGUACGGGUCCCAUCCUGCUGGAUAAUGUGCAAUGUACUGGUGAUGAAACACACCUGUCCAAGUGCUCCCAUUCUGGUGUGGGUCAACACAACUGUGGUCAUCAUGAGGACGCUGGAGUUGUUUGCGCACCCAUGAUACCCUUCAAUGGAUUUGCCCGUGACUUUAGAGUAACAGAAGGGAUCGCUUCCAGGACCACAACCUCUACACCAAUUGCUGAAGGAGCACUAAGGCUGGUUAAUGGUCAGCAUGUAUGCGAAGGGCGAUUGGAGAUCUACCUAAAUUCUCAAUGGGGUACUGUGUGCGACGACGCAUGGGACAUCCCCGAUGCCAAGGUGGUGUGCCGUCAGCUCGGCUGCGGAGACGCCGUCGUGGCGUGGGGGGAAGCCUACUUUGGGCAAGGAACCGGAACAAUUCUACUGGACAAUCUCAAGUGCAACGGUACAGAGCUCUCACUGCAAAAUUGCUCACAUAUACCUUGGAAUGUGCACAACUGCGACCACUCAGAAGAUGUCGGCGUCACCUGCUCACUGUCAUUAUUCUAA